AUGUCAUUGUCUCCGGGUGCCGAUGCUCAAGAGAAGCCUGUUCGCCGGCCAAACGGACCUUCCUUUCCUGUGGAGGACGAUGAGUCAGAUGGCGAUGAGUCGCGGGGCUUGACAGCCCGGAGAAGAGCAAAUCACGACCAGGCUCAAGUGCCCGAUCUGUUCGAUGAGUCGGUCGAAAACACGAUCAACCAGAUGCGCAGCGAUCAUGGGCCAGACAACACCGAACCCGCUACUCGCCCAUCUCUGCCUGCCGAGUCGCGCGAGCUUUUCGUCGCAGAAGAAGAGCAGGUCGAUGUUUAUCUGUCUGCGAACAACAUCACAAACGUCAAGACCGAACCCGGUUCUGAUGACGACCUCAUGGUCAUCCAAAAGGCGGAUGCCUCUCCUGAAGCUCAGAAGCAUUGGUCUCUUCCCCAGCGGUUCAUCAUCGAUCUUACUGACGUGCCUGAGAAGGAGCCCGUAAUCAAGACCGAGCCCGCAAUCAAGAAGGAGCCCGUGGACCAUGUCAAUCCCAUUCUUCCUGCUGUGAGCAGCCAGUUCGACAUAGAAGCACUUGAGGCAAGAAGUCGUGAGCUCCAGUUGAAAGCAGUACAUGGUGGUAUGAGCAAGGCAGAGCUUUCCGAAAUGCUAUCCGCCAACACUCAGCUCGGUCAAGCGCGAAGUUUGGCCCACACUAACGGCAACGCAACGACAUUCACCAGCAACGUCUUGCCUGAUUCCGACAAUCAUCAACCAGCAUCUGGUCAUGCAAACGAGAAGAAACCGAAACAGAAGAGAAAGCCUCCCGUAAAGACAGCCGCAGAGUAUUGGGCACGGAGAGAAGAGAAUGAUCGAGAAAGGGAGGCCAGAGGCCUUAAGCGUAAGGGAACUUACAGCAACAGCAGUUUGCGCAAGACCCAGAAAACGAAGACUUCAAAAAGCACCGAAAGUGACUCUUACGAAGAAGAGAAUGAACGACAGAUCGACGCGCUGCUUCAGACGCGCGAUGCCAUCCAGGAGCGGGUAGAGCGGGGUGACCUGCCCCCCGCGCCAAGGAUCACAGCAACUAAAAGAAAAGAUCAAUUGAAGCAAAUGAGAGAAGCCGCACCUGAUUACUUCCAUCCAAAGGUUUUGAACGAGCAAAAGAGUGAGCUUCAAGAGGCUACAAAAUCUUGGGGCCAUCGCGCCGUUCGAUGCAAGAACGGCGGAUGGGAAGUCAGAGGUCUGAACAGCCCGAUGCUGCAUCACCAGCUUGUUGUCGGUGCUUGGAUGCUAGGCCGAGAGCUGAAGGAACUGCGACUUCUGCCGAAAGGAGGUAUUCUGGCCGAUGCAAUGGGUCUUGGGAAGACGAUUGAGGCACUUUCCUGCAUUGUGGGCAACCAAGCUCCGGAGAGCCUUAAGGAAACUGGUAAGGGAGCAACACUAGUUAUUUGUCCGUCAGGGCAAAUGAUUAGGCAAUGGAUGUCCGAGGUCAAAAAGCACUGCAACAAGACAUUUGCAAAGAACAUUGUGCACUUCAAGGCUGGCAACAAGAUGGAUAUUGACCUCCUGGCUUCCUUCAACAUUGUUUUUGCGAGUUACCACCAACUCAGACAUAGUUCUCCUACAGCCAAGGCAAGAGAGGCAAAGCAGAAGCAGCUUACGGAUCCGGAAAAAUAUCGAGAGUGGUUGGAAGAGGAAUCCGGCGAGCUUCACCGCAUUGAUUGGUACAGAGUUGUUCUCGACGAGGCCCAUUGCAUCAAGAACCACAAGACUCAUUCGGCUUUUGCGGCUUAUGAGCUCCAGGCCAAGUAUCGUUGGGCUGUGAGUGGAACGCCACUCAUCAACUCCCCCGAUGAGAUUUACUCUUAUUUGAAGUUCAUCAGAUGCUCUGCAACGAACGACUUUGACGAUUAUCAUCGAGAGUAUCGAGCCAGCCAAAAUGCCGAAAGUAAUUAUGCCAGACUCAUGGACGAAGUCAUGUACAGAAGAACUCAAGGCGACUUCUUUCUUGGCCAGCCAAUUUUAGAUCUGCCGGCUCCUCACCCUUCGCAUCAGUAUCUCACGCUGUCAGCCGAGGAAAUGGUGAUAUUUCGAAUGAUGGAGAGAUGCUUCAGACAAAAGCUUAACCUUGACAUGAAAGUCGGCAUUACUGACAUUCAAGUUCAAUGCUACUUGGUAAUGCUGCUCCGUCUUCGGCAAGUCGCAACUCAUCCUUUCCUACUCGAGGGUAUGAUGGCGGAGCACUUCUCUAUGGAAGACUUGCUCAUUACCAAGAAAAAGCUGAAGGCGCUCAAGGGUCGCGCCACCAUUUACAGCCAAAUCGGGCCGUGGACUCAGAGGCACCAAAUUCUGAGUCCGCGUACGCGAGAGGUCAUCGAGGAGGACGAGAAAAGACGACAGGACCAACUCCGGGAUCAUCGCAGCCAGAAUUUGGAAUCACGAUACAGCCGAAACCAUGGUUCGUACAAUCAAGGCGCGACGCAAGAGAACGAGAAUCGAGACACCACUAGAACGAGCGACGACGUUAUGGUUGUUUGCGAUGACACCGACGAAGUAAAUAGCCAGGAUGAGGUGGACGAGGACGAGGACGGUAUGGUUCCGCACAACUACAGAGCUACUGGCGAUGAGCAUCAUGUCAACAACAACGACAGACCUCUGGCUGUCGAUCAUGACGAGCCUCCAAUCAGUGAGAACGAGGAACCACCGCUCCAGCCGUUCGGUCAGAGUGAGUUCGGUUUGAGCUUCGACAUGACCAAGCAGCUUGAGUAUCUUGAGAGGCUCAAGGAGCUCGAAGCCGCGGUAUGCUUUCACUGCAAGUCUGAACCUCCCUUGGAUCCAUUAAAGGCCCAUUGCGGCUGCAUCUUCUGCAAUCGCUGUUUGAUGGCCCGUUUCGGUCAAAAGAAGUGCCCUAGAUGUCGCAAAACCAUUGGCGUCCCCAAACCUUUUAACUUGGACGGCAACGAAGCGGACGAAGACCUCGAGAGCGAUGCCGGCACGAAUGUCAAAGACAAAGACUAUAUCCAGGGAAACGAUUACGCCAAGUUUCAACCCUUCGAGGACGAGGGAAAAAACAAGAAAUCGAACAAGUUCCUGCGGAUCAGCGACAAGCAGCCCGAUUUGCCUGUUACUUCCAGUGCCAAGAUGACAGCACUCAAGGAGACCGUCUUGAGAUGGCAGGCGGAAGCUCCCGACGACAAGAUCAUAAUCUUUAGCCAGUUUACCGUCGUAAUGAAGGUCAUUGGCCGCAUGUUGGAGUCGGAAGGCAUCUGCUUCGCCUACCUCAGUGGCAAGCAGAAUACCGACCAGCGCAACAAGGCUGUGGAUGAGUUUCAGAACGGUGACAAGGUCAAGAUUCUUAUUGCAUCGCUGCGUGCGGGAGGCCAGUGUCUCAACCUCACACGCGGAAACCGAGUCAUCCUCAUGGAGCUUUGGUGGAACCAUGCCGUCGAGCAGCAAGCGUUUGCCCGCGUCUACCGCAUCGGCCAGAUAAAGGAAACCCACUUUGUACGCUUCAUCGUCAAUACACCCAUCGAGCAACGCAUGUUGCAGAUGCAGGUCUCUAAGAUCCUCAGUAUCGAUGCAGCACUUCAGGACGACAAGGCCAGGAAACCUAAGAUUACCCUGGUGGACAUUGCCAGCCUUCUUGGUAGGGUCGUCACCAACAGCGACGGCCUCAUGCAUGUCGUCUCUGACUACGACGACGAGGAUGAGGAUGAUGAAGACGACCUUAGAAGUGACGCAGAGGAGGAGGAGGAAGAUCUGGAAGACCUCGUUGUCCCCGACGGCGUGAUAGAGUAUGAGGAUGACGAAGAGGACGACUAG